GCUUUGGUAGAAAGAAAGUGAUGAUCUAUUUUAAAAAGUUCACCAAUUGAGGUUGAGAAAACUUGGUAUAUUCGGAAAAAAACUAAUUGUUAGUGACUAACAAUUAGUCACUUUUAUAUCGUGGACAUGGACGAAGAACCAAUUUACGCCACGAUCGACAAACCUCGCCCCGUCACUACAGUCAAUCUCGCCCGACGAAGUGUCAUUCAAUACUAUGCCGUCCCAGCCACACCCUCCACUCUUUCCUCCAUGGAAGAACUGGACCGAAUUUCCCUCUCCACCUCAAACGGGUCCCUGUCCAACAGUGGCGAACCGUCUCUAAGAUCGUCACCUGUCACAUUUUCGUCACAACCUCCUCCCAAUGUCCCUGCCCCAACUAGUCUCCGAAGAAGGAACUACGAGGUCAGGGAUGACUUCGCAACGAUAGCUCGAUGCGAACAGCAAUUUGAAAAGCCGUUAAUAGUGAUCCAAGCACCACCACGACGGAUAUCGACUGGUACUUUGCCCGAGAUGAGUGAUUCUGGUUAUAAUUUGGGAAAUGGUCCCUCUACUCCAGCAACAAGUCCAGCUGCUCUUCUUCAGCCUAAUAAUGGCUCAUCGUCAUUUUUUCAAAUAAAUAAUUCCUCCCGAAAUUCCCAAUCCGGCGAUAUGACUUCCCCCCGGUCAAAAUCUCCAAGACCAAAUACGCCAAAAUCAGCGGAUAAGGAGGAAUCGUUUUGGGACAAGUUUGGAACUACGGCACGGAAGAAGAAGAUUAAAGAAGUUCAAGUUGUGGAGGAGGAAGGAAAAAGGGCGAUUGAUUUGCCAGGUAGUCCAUCACCGUUUGACAUUUCGCCGGAGGAUUAUAAUUUAGCGGACGGAGAAGAACGAUUGCUAAUUGAACGGAGAAGUUAUGAUGACCCAAAACUAGGACACUUAAUAAAACUUUUGACGGAUUGGAUAAACGAUGAGUUAGCAGAUCAGCGAAUUAUUGUUAUGAAAAUUGACGAUGAUUUGUAUGAUGGUCAAGUUCUGCAGAAAUUACUUGAGAAACUGACCGGACAGAAACUCGAAGUUCCAGAAGUGUCACAAUCAGAGGAAGGACAACGUCAUAAGUUGGAAGUUGUUUUGGGUGCUGCAAACCAAAUUAUAGGGCUAAAUCGAUGGUCAGCAGAAAAAUGGAGUGUCGAAUCCAUCCAUUCCAAGAGUUUGGUUGCCAUCUUGUACUUGUUGGUGCAUCUUGCUAGACAUUUCCGAGCUCCGUUGAGACUUCCGGAAAAUGUCAAUGUGGAAACGAUUGUUAUCAAGAAACGCAACGGUAAACUAGAGUAUCGUAGAGUGACGGAGGAAUUGACUUCGACUUAUGAUGAAUUAGGGAUGAGGUGUGAAAGAGAUGCCUUUGAUGCUUUACUUGAUACUGCUCCAGAUAAACUUCAAGUUGUUAAGAAGAGCCUGCUUAGCUUUGUUAAUAAGCAAUUGAUCAAAGUCAAUCUGAAGGUUUAUGAAAUUGAGUCCCAAUUUCACGAUGGUGUUUAUCUCGUUCUACUCAUGGGACUUUUAGAGAAUUACUUUGUCCCCCUCGGUGACUUUCAUUUGACACCCAAGGAUUUUGAACAAAAAGUCUUCAACGUGGCAUUUUCGUUUGAAUUAAUGCAAGAUGCGGGUUUGUCUAAACCUAAAGCACGCCCUGAAGAUAUAGUUAAUUCGGAUUUCAAGUCUACCCUGCGCGUCCUUUACAACUUAUUCGCAAAGUACAGAAAUGCUGAAUAGUGGCUGAUUGACGGACGACCUAUCAAAGCAGAACGAAUAGAUAAUUUUAUGCUCUAAAUAAUUUGACCAUAGUGUAUUCAUUAAUCUGUCCAUCCAUUAAUAAAAUGCGACUUGUACAUUUAAGAAAAUAAUAAAUUAUUUUUUAAUUCUGGAUACUA